CCAAUACAUACGGUAGCUAAAAACCGGGUGAUAUAGAACUACAUUUCCUAGAAGCCCUUUGCUCCUUUUGAGCAUGCGUUGUGUUCUCCGAGAACCUUUAUUUUUUCUGGAAAACAGCAAACCUUAGUAGUGAAUCGACGUUAUGCAGCUGGUGAAGGGAGUCAUGGCCAAUUUUCGUAUAGCACUCAUUCAGCUUCAUGUGUCUGCUGUGAAAACAGACAACCUGAACAGAGCCUGUAGACUUGUGAGAACUGCAGCAGGAGAAGGAGCAAAAAUUGUAGUUCUGCCAGAAUGCUUCAAUUGUCCCUAUGGCACAAAAUAUUUUCCAGAAUAUGCAGAGAAACUUCCUGGGGACUCCACACAGAAGCUCUCAGAAAUUGCCAAGGAAUGUGGUAUAUAUCUCAUUGGAGGUUCUAUUCCAGAGGAGGAUGCAGGAAAAUUGUAUAAUACAUGUACAGCUUUUGGUCCUGAUGGUACUAUGUUAGCUAAAUACAGAAAGAUUCAUUUGUUUGACAUUAAUGUGCCUGGAAAAAUCCGAUUUCAGGAAUCAGAAACUCUGAGUGCGGGUGACAGGUUUUCUGUGUUCGAUACUCCAUACUGUAAAAUAGGAAUUGGCAUCUGUUAUGACAUCCGAUUUCCUGAGCUAGCUCAAAUCUACACCCAGAAAGGUUGCAAACUCCUAGUUUACCCUGGGGCUUUUAACUUGACAACUGGACCAGCCCACUGGGAACUGCUACAAAGAGGCCGAGCUGUGGAUAACCAGGUCUAUGUAGCAACUGCAUCUCCUGCUAGGGAUGACACAGGAUCUUACGUGGCUUGGGGACAUAGUACUGUAGUAAAUCCAUGGGGUGAGGUUAUAGCCAAAGCUGGCACUGAAGAAACCGUUGUCUAUGCAGAAAUAGAUCUAAAGAAGGCUGAAGAAAUCCGUGGACAAAUCCCCAUUCUUUCCCAGAAACGAUCUGAUCUUUAUACUGUUGAAGCAAAAAUUGUAUGAUUUUAAUUUGGACCAACACAUUUUUUCUAAUAGCUAUUUUUAGCUAACCGCAGUAUAAUAAACUAGUAAAUCAAGUUUACUAGUUACAGAUAAUUAAAAUGAUCUCUAUAUAAUGGCGAGAGAUUGAACUUGAAUUUUUUUUUGGUCCUUGCAGAUUUUGGACAUGUUGUAUUACAUUAGAAACUUUUAUAUAUAUAUAAAAAAAUUUUUUUGAGAAAAUGGAGUAAUUAGUCACAUCAACAUAUGCUCCAUUUUGGAGAAUACAUUUACCAAAAAAUACAUUGGGUAAAGGCAGAAAGUUUCCUUUUUUUAUGUUGAUGAAGUUGGUUACUUCUGAAAAUUUAUUAUCAAAUGUAUUUUCCUUAUAAAGUAUGUUUAUUUGAUUUUAUGGAAAAUAGUAAGACAUUAAAUUAGCUAAACUUCUCCAAUAGUGUUUUGAAGACACUUUUGAAGCAUCAUGCAAUUGUCAACAAUGUUCAUCCUAGUUCUAAUGUGGGAUUUUUGUGCACAAGAAUCAAUUAUAUUUCUCUGCAUUAAGGUUUGGUCAGUUGGUUGUCAUUGAAGUGCAAAUCAAAUACACUUGACCAGUGUAUAAGCUCUGAACAGAUUGCAAAGCACUUUAAGUCCUAUAGUUCUGAAGACUUUCUCUAGACACAUUAUGCAAAUUGCUGCUGUUGAAAACACGAGUACCAUUUAGAUCUCUGCUUCAGUAGUGAUCAUUGGACCUGGCUUUAAAUAGGGUUUUCCCCAAAGAGGUGUAUAGGGUAAAAACUAAAACUAAAAAUCAAAACUAUCAACCAACCCCACAUACCUGUGAAAGGCUCCUGUUCUUCCAAAGCAAUACUCUGCUUAAUUUUGUUCUUUUUGAUGGACUAAUAAACACAUUAAUCAAAAAGAUUUAAGAUGAAUUAUUUAUUACCUAGAUAAGCAGUUUUGGUAUUCUGUCUCUCAGAAGUCCCAAACAUCAAGACGCACAGACUGCCUCUGUGUCUUCCUACUACUACUCCCAUUUCCCAAGAUGUAUAUGGAGACGGUAAAAGUCAUCCUGGUAACACCCCAACUGACCCAGAAGAACUUGUGUUUUGAGCUGCUGCAGCAAACCAUAAAUUCUCCAUGGUUUUUUCCCAUUAGACUAGACCUCAGGCAGGGAUAGUUUUAUCCAGAUCUGAGAUGGCUCCACAACUGAAGGUUGACAGCCAAGCAAUGAACUAGGCUACAAUUUUAGUCUUCAUCAGUAGUUCAGAUCUGUAGCUAGAAGUUCUGUCUGGAGGACUCUUGACAAAUUUGGGCAUUAUAAACCAGUUAAUGUGCAAAACCUACUGUUCUAUGGCCUGGUCAUUCCAAGGGUAUUCUGGUCCCCCCCCCCCCCAAAUUAUCCUCAGAACUGGGAACGUUUGUUUUGGG